AGAGAGAGAGAGAGAGAGAGAGAGAGAGAGAGAGAGAGAGAGAGGGAGAGAGGCGGGUCACAGCGGAGCGGAGGAGCAGCUCUCUUUCAGUUCUGUUCGUUUCGGAGGCGCAGUGACGGACAUCCCGGAGUCGAGCGCACUGGACUCAUAAGCAUAAUGUAGUCUGUCUUGAAUAAGUAGAUUUCAAGUUUGAAAACCUUUUCAUUCCAUCCACUCAACGUGAAAUGGGCAUUGGGUAAUUGCUGGUUUGACUCUGUAAGCACUUAUGCCUUAAAGAAUGAGAGUCUUAGGGAGUAAGACUGUUGAAAUGAUGCUACGCAGAGAUGGAGAAUGGAGGACCCACAAGAGUGCAUGACAAGCGGGUCAGUGCCGGUUUGAAGAAAUUCUAAAAAGAGGAGAAACGCAUAUCACCACUUGAAGCUAUGGGGAUACGACACCUCCUGCUUCUUUUGGUCUAUCUAGACCCACUUUGCGUCCUGAGCGCAUCCACGGCCAAGCGGAGCAAACCCCCUCCAAAGAGACCCCCCAAAAUAAAGGAGGUCAACAGCACUGUUGCUCCGACAGUGGCAUCCCGACGGAUCACACAAGUCCAGGCGCCCAUUGUCGGUGAUCAUGACACCUGUCUCGGCUACUACGACGUGAGCGGUCAGUUCGAUAAAGAGUUCUCCUGCAACAACACCGACCACCGGUACUGCUGCGGGAGCUGCUUCCUGCGCUUCUGCUGUCCCGUGAAAGCCAAACGAGUGGAUCAGAGAGUCUGUACCAACUACAACACGCCCGACUGGAUCAAAACCCAACCGCCCUCACCUGCACCCACAGGGGACACGUACGACCCAGCGCUGGACCAGACCAACACCACCGUCUACAUCACCUGCGGGGUCAUCACCCUCAUUAUCAUCCUGGGGAUUUCUGCCAAAGUGGCUUAUGAUAAAGCCACCAGACCACCUCAAGAAAUGAAUGUCCACAGAGCGCUGGCAGACAUUUUGAGACAGCAGGGGCCCAUUCCCGUAUCACAGUACGAGCAUGAAAAUAUCGCGGCUAUAGACACCUCGCCCAAAGAGAACACACCUGUACGGACAUCCAAGAACCACUACACACCAGUGCACAACAAAAACAACCACGGGCAUUAUGGGAAAGAAAACUUCCGGAGUGGUCAAGACAUGCACAACUUCAUCUCCUCUGGCUUUGUGACGCUUGGCAGGGGCCAUCUGAAAGCGCAGCACUCUGUAGAUGAUCUCGGGCAGCUGUCCUGGCAGGGCGACCUGGACGUUCCUCUGUCCUACAAUAACCAUCCACAUGACUACACCAGCCAUCUGGAUCUCACUGGGUCACACACACCCAAAAUCGGACACCGAAUAGACCACUACGAGAAACCGAGAAUGAACAACAUCCUGACAUCCCAGACAGAGCCGUACGACCUAUCGUUCUCCCGGUCCUUCCAGAACCUAACACACCUCCCACCAUCCUACGAGAUGGCCAUGAAAGCAGACUUAAGCGACAAGGACGACGAGUACUACAUACGCAAGCACCAUUUGCCCGACCAGACGCAUCGCGGCAACCUGCAGACGCACAUGAUCAAGUUGAACGUGGAUCCACCAGCGCAGCGCCAGAAGCCCAAACGCGUGCAGCGCGCCAUGUCCCAGGACCACGUGCUCUCGCCCGCUCACUCCAAACCACAUCGGGACUAUGACCUGUCGUCGUACAGCGGCGGUGCUGGCGGUCUGUCCCCGUACCACGGGCGCAUCCUCUCCGAGGAGCAGCUGCUGUCGGCCGACCGACUGCACUCCCAGGACCCGCUGCUCUCGCCAGAUAAGAUGCUCUCCCUGCGGCGCUCCAAUUUCCGCGAGAAGGCCAUGUCACGGGCGUUGUCGCACACGGACAUGUUCGUGCCGACCACACCAGUCAUGGACAGGCACUACAAAAUGAUGAAGAUGCAUUCACACCCCAGCAGCAGCAACGAGUCCUACAACACACUGACUGUUGAAAGUGCACAGGUGGGCAACAAAAGGCAGGCAUUCGCCAACCGCCGCAUGCAUACGGUGGACCACCUGCAGUAUAUCCCCGGACAUCACCAUCAUCAGUACAGAACCGCCAGUAAGACUGAAGUAACUGUCUGAGUGGGCGAGAGGCGGGAGAGCGAAUGAUGUCAACAAACAAUCCAGCUGGAGGAAUCCGCGGCGGCAGCAGCCCACUUCGACAGGUUUCUUUUUUAAGCGUCCCACCUUGACCCGUUCCCGCUUCCAGCACAAGCUUUCCACUCCAUCAGUUCCGGGUCGGCUUGGGAAGGACCUAAACUUUCUUUUCGCACGUAGAGUAAAUGCAAGGGCUUCACGCGCGGACGCCAGACUAAAAACCUGAAACUAUUUUUCCAGAACUGCUGCGAAACCUGCACUGACUUUAUACAUACAGUAAAUCAGAACCUAUAUAGAUUUAUGAUUUCUAACUCGAGUCCUAUACAAUAGCGAUAGCGGUUGAAUAUAAACUGGCGUAAGCACUUUAGCGAGUGCCUCUUCUCAAAACACAUCCCGUUUCGAUAACGAAGUGGGGAAAGGGUUUAAAAGCACAAUAAAUGACUGAUGUUGUUUUACUUUCUUUUGUCACAUUCCCAGCUAACAGGGAUCGUUUUUAGAACUUUAGCGAACAUUCUGGAAAAGUUAUGAACAAACGUUCUAUCAGAAACGUUAAUAGAACGUUCGUUUAAAGUUAUCUGGUGUUUUCAAAAUGUUUUUAAAGCUUCAGCACAACAACAUUAUUUAUACAUUGUUUAUAGAACAUUUGUUCCUGAAACAUUUUGGCUGGAUGAUCAAUUUAUUUAAUUUUUUUUAAACAUUCUAGAAACAUUCUCAUAAUGUUUGCGAAGUUAUACAAUGGAAUGUUCCCUUAAUGUUUUAAGCUCGGUAGUUGCUCUUUAAGUAAUGUUAGUAGAACAUUUGUUCAACGUUCUCUGGUGUUUAAUAAUGUUCUCAAAACGUCAUUAUAAAAACAUUAUUUUUUUCCCCUAAACCCAUCUGAACGUUUUUUAAAUGCUACUUUAGAAUGUCAGAGAGCAUUCAGAAGUAACAUUCCCAUAAUGUCUGCAAAAUAAUCAAAUGUGAUGUUUUAGUUGGAUGUUCAUCUAACGUCUUUUAAAUGUUAUUACUUCUUCAAAAGUAACAUUCCCAUAAUGUUUGAAAAAUUAUAAAAUGGAAUGUUCCUGAAACGUUUGCAUAACCAAGAAACAACGAUUUAAAAUAAAUAAACUGGACAUUUAGAGAUGGUUCAGAAAUAACAUUUUUAUAACUUAAUAGCAAUGUUAGCAAAACAUUCCUAGAACAUAUCUUUGUUAGCUGGGUUAUCUCUGUUUUGUUUCUGGGUUUCACUGAGUUUUUAGUGCACCUGUGACAGUGUUUCAUUCUGCGUAGGUGAUUUGUAAAUAUGCUCGGUUAGCUGCAGUUAAACAGUGAGUUGGCUUUGUGGAUUUUGGGUUGCUUUUUGCAUUUUCAUUGGUUCCGUUCGGACAUUUUCUAGCAUAAUCAACACACCCAAAGUAUAUCUGACGACACAAAUGUGUACAGUAAUGUGUGUGUGUGUGUGUGUGUGUGUGUGUGUGUGUGUGUGUGUGUGUGUGUUUUCUAAUCUGUACUUGUAGACUAAUGGUGAAUAAAUUUGGUUGAUUCAGCCAUUCAUACGCAUU